AUGACAAAAUAUAUUGCUAGUUCCGUCAGAAGAAGUGAUGAACAGUAUGAGGUGUAUCCUUUGUGGAUUAUGGGCAUCGUUGAAAUUGAUCUUGGCAUUAAAUAUGCAUCUGCACAUGCAUUACGACCAUUGAUAUCGCGACAAAUGCCGAAAUAUUCGGGAAGCCUGUCACUCUCCAGAUCCAGAUCUCCCCGCCCGCCAAUACCGAUUUCCACAAAAACCGGUUUCUGGGCAAUCCUGCAGCCUACAAAUCCAGAUACCAAUGGAGAGACCUCGUGCGGCAAAGAUAUACGACAAUAUAUCUAG